AUGAAGGGGAUGAUCGCAGGGCAGAAGCAGAGCGGGAAGAAGACCAUGAAUAUGGCGUCAGUUUCACCUACUCACCCAGGCUUCGGGAGAUCAGGGAAGAGCUUCCUCAUCGACAAUCUGCUGCGCUCGGCGGGGCCAUCCUCUUCAUCAUCCUCGCCCAACUCAGAUGGACCAACAGGUGGGUUCUUCAGGGGUCCACUGACCGGCCACCACAGGAGAACCUGGGGCCCUCAGCAUGUUGUCUACGAGGGCCAGAGUCAGAACUGUAAACGAGUCAAAGACAGGGUGCUCCCUCCUCGGUCACACUCAGGCCUGUUGAGCAGUGUGUUUCUACGAGGCCCUCAGUAUCUACUGGCAGCAGUGUGCUGUGGUGGGUCCAGCCCUCCGUCUGUCUUUUCUGAGGGAGCCAACAUUCCCAUGUGGUCUCCGGAUACGAGCCCCAAAUCCCGGCGAGGGAUCCUGAGGAGAGCGGUGUUCUCUGAGGAACAGAGGAAGGAGCUGGAGAAAACGUUUAAGAGACAGAAGUACAUCAGCAAGACAGACAGGAACAAACUGGCAGCAGAUCUCAGCCUGAAGGAGUCUCAGGUGAAGAUCUGGUUCCAGAACCGGAGGAUGAAGUGGAGGAACUGUAAGGAGAAGGAGGCCCACAGCGGCCGCUCCCCCAUGGAAGAGCUCAUGUCCCGGGGCUGCAAACAGGAAGAGGAGGCACCAGAGAGCACGGGCACGGCAUUAGACAGAUCAUCAUCACAGCAGUGGGACAGGGAAACAGGAGUUACCAUAGAGAAAGAGCCAUGCAAGAAACGUGUGACUUUGAUACAGCCAAUGAGUCUGCACAGACACACUAUGACCUCUGACCCCUGAGAGGAUGAAAGACUGAGGGAAACCACUGGGCAAAAACUGGUUGAAUCAACGUUGUCUCCACAUCAUUUCAACAAAAAAUUAUACAUGAUGUUGAAUCAACGUGGAAACUGAUUGGAUUGGAAAAAAGUCAUCAACAUAAAAGGCAAUUGAGUCUUUUUUUCAUCCAACGUUUUACCUAAAUCCAACGGCAUGGUAACAUUUUUUGUUGAUUUCACAUUGAAUUCAUGUUAGUUGACAACUCAACCAAAUGUAAACCAAAACUAGAAGUUGAAAUGACAUCUGUGCCCAGUGGGAAGAUGAGGGUCAGUGUUGUGAGGCAUGAUUGAAAAGGGACUGUCUGAGCAUUGGAUAAAACGACUAACACUCCAUAACAAUAAAAUACUCGUCAUUUUAAUAUUGUGUGGGUUGCUAUUGUGUAGCAACAUUUUGUAGACUGACUAAAAGUGUUUUUGAAUGUGUUUUUGGAAAGUGUUUUUGAAUGAUCAAUACAAAUCUCAAAAACAAAACAUUUAUUAGACCAUACAUUGUAUAUUAACACACAUUGAAGGUUAGUCAGCUACACACAACCAUAAAUGCUUUAAUUAACAUGUAAUAUUGUUUUCAGAAUGUUUGUUUUACUCCUAACUGGAAAAAAAAUCUGUAAAUAAAAUA